GAAAGAAUUCACCACCCUUUUAGCUCUGUUUAUAUUUUUAAUUUUUCUCCUCGUCUAAGCUGCUGUAAUUGCUGCGGUGCUGUUUUGGAAAAGAGGGAGAGAGACCCAAAAGAGACUAUGCUCGGGGACUCAGCUGUGUUGGGAGCGGGAGGCGGAAGUGGCGGCGGGGAAGGUGGCGCCUCCGCCGAUGCAGUGGCCGGGGUGACGCAUGAGCGGGCGGUGGCAGCGAGCGGAGGCGGUGGCGGAGUUGGAUCAAAUUCAGGGGACGACGAAAGGGGUAGAAUCGAAGAGGGAGAACGUAGCUUCGGUGGUAACCGGUGGCCCCGACAAGAGACUUUGGCGCUGUUAAGGAUACGGUCGGAUAUGGACGUGGCGUUUCGAGAUGCAAGUGUUAAGGGUCCUUUGUGGGAAGAAGUAUCCAGGAAAAUGGCAGAGCUUGGGUAUCACAGAAGUUCCAAGAAGUGCAAAGAGAAAUUCGAGAACGUGUACAAGUACCACAAGAGAACCAAAGAAGGUCGAAGUGGGAAGCAAGAUGGAAAAACAUAUCGUUUCUUCGAUCAACUACAAGCCCUUGAGAAUCACACUCCAACACCCCACUCUCCCAACCCAUCACCAAAACCACCACAAUCAGCGCCAUCAAGAGUAAUUGCAGCAACAGCUGCAUCAGUGUCACUACCAAUUGCAACAGCAGCAACAACUGCUUCAUCGUUGCCACUUCCAAUUCCAACCACAAUAACAACAGUGCCAAUGCAGCCAAUACUGUCCAACACCACUCUCACCAGUACUGUCCCCCAUAUCACUGUUCCAUCAACAACAACACUCCCCAUAACCAUACCCCAGCCCAUGCUCACUACCCCAUCAAUACAUCUCUCAACUCCUUCUUUCCCUCCAACAAACCCUACCACCAACACAACCCCACCACCCUCUUUCCCCUCGCUCCCCACCGACACCUUCUCCAAUUCUAGCUCCUCCUCCACCUCCUCCGACGAAACAUUGGAAGGUAGGCGCAAGAGAAAGCGCAAGUGGAAGGACUUCUUCGAGAGACUCAUGAAGGAAGUCAUCCAGAAACAAGAGGAUCUACAAAAGAAGUUCCUCGAAGCCAUAGAGAAACGAGAACACGAAAGAAUAGCAAGAGAAGAAGCGUGGAGGGUCCAAGAGAUGCAAAGAAUCAAUAGAGAAAGAGAAAUCCUCGCACAGGAAAGAUCCAUAGCCGCAGCCAAAGACGCUGCCGUCAUGUCAUUCCUUCAAAAGGUAGCCGAACAACAAAACCUCGGUCAAGCAUUGAACACCAUCAACCUCGUACAACAACCAUCACAGCAACAACCUCAACCACCACUGCAACAACUACCACCGUCUAGUGUAGCGCCGUCUCCCGUGCAACAACCACUGCCCGCGGUUGUUCCACAGCCAGUGGUGUUUCCAGUGGUCUCACAAGUGACCAACAUGGAGAUAGUGAAAGUUGACAACAACAACAACAACAAUAAUAGUAGGGAUAAUUUCACGCCAUCGAGUUCCUCAAGGUGGCCAAAGGUGGAGGUUCAGGCAUUGAUAAAGCUUCGAACGAACCUGGAUGCAAAGUAUCAGGAGAACGGACCAAAGGGUCCUCUCUGGGAGGAGAUCUCAUCCUCAAUGAGGAAGCUCGGGUACAACCGAAACGCGAAAAGGUGCAAAGAGAAGUGGGAGAACAUCAACAAGUAUUUCAAGAAGGUGAAGGAAAGCAACAAGCGGAGACCGGAAGAUUCAAAAACGUGCCCUUACUUCCACCAGCUGGACGCGCUGUACAGGGAGAAGGGGAAGGUGGAGGGCGUGGCGGCGGCGGUGAAGCCGGAAAGCACGGUGGCACCGCUGAUGGUGCGGCCGGAGCAGCAAUGGCCACCUCAGGAGGAAACGAUGAGGGAUAGGGACAUCAGAAUGGAGGACGUGGAGAACGAAGAGGAUGAGUACGAGGAAGAGAGAGAGGGAGAGGGAGAGGGAGAGGACGAAGAAGAUGAUGAAGAGGAUGAAGAAGGUGGUGGUGGUGGUGGGAAAUAUGAGAUAGUGGCGAACAAAACGAGUGGUGGUUCAGUUGCGGCAUCAACAGAAUAGUGUGAUGAAAGAAGGUGGUGGUGGUAGGUCAUAGAGAGUGCAGGGGUUGUCGGAGGAGGUGGUGGUGGCCAUUGUUGUGGAGAAAGAAUUUGAAUAUUCACGUACGGUGAAGUUACACAUGGCAUGGGUAUCGACCUGUGGAAGAUGAGGUUUGGUUGGUACUUUGUUGUAGCAUAUAGUCAGUAAGAUUAUAUGUUUUUCUCUUUUCUUUCUUUUCUGUUUCAUAAAAUUUGUUUAUUUUUUGGGAUAAUAAAUAAGUCCGAUCAGAGAGGAAUUUAAGAUAGAGACCAAUAAAGAAGAGAGAGACCUUAAUUAAGGUUGUAUUUUUCUUUUAUCUUCAUCAUCUUUUUUUCUUACGUUCCUGGUGCUGUAAAUGGGAGGAGAUUAAUUCCGGUUUUGUCUUUUU